AUGGGCGACGGCGAUCUCCUCCUCCUCGCCCACCCUCUCCAUCUCCGUCUACACCAGCAUCUGGUGGCGCUGGAGAUGCAUGCGGCGGUGACGUGGUGGCAUGUGAGAAAAGGUGAAGGGGUGUACGAGGAGCAGUUCAGCAAGCAGAACAAGCUAGUCGGACUGUUUGUGGGCGAAUUGAACAAAAGAGGAAGCGGGCUGUGGUUUGCACCGCCAAAGUGGAAGCAGUGCAGGUUAAUUUGGGAUUCAAGUGCUGCCAUUGUUGAGGAUGACAGAGCUGUUGUUCAGGGACGUGGAGUUUGUGAGGGAGUUGAAGAAGGGUGGAAAGGGUUCGUGUACGCCAUGGAAGGAGUACUUAUGAGAAGGAGAUGGCGCUGGUAA